AUGUCACUCGCAGUGUUGAACGUCGUAACAAGACUGUCCAACACCUUCGCCGCAGCCUCGGACUUUCUACGGCUAUCCACAUCGCCUAAAGGGCGCUCGUUCGUGUCUGCGCUGAAUGAGUCCCAUUACUCUGAUUUUGAGGGAAUAACGCAAUACUACAACCCUGAUUACUUUUUCAAAACCGAGCCCACCUGUGUCUUAGCUGAAGACACAACGGAGGGUCCUUACUAUGUCUCUGGCGAAUACGUGCGUCAAAAUAUCGCCGAGGACCAACAAGGUGUUCCCUUGUGGUUAGAUAUCCAGAUCAUCGAAUCCAAUACGUGCGAGCCUGAACCUCAAGUCUUUAUGGAUAUCUGGCAUUGCAACGCCACGGGUGUUUACUCUGGCGUUGAAGCCAGCACCAAUGGUAAUGGUGGUGACGAGAAUCUGGACACCACAUUCCUGCGAGGAAUCCAGAAGUCGGAUGAGAAUGGGGUUGUGACAUUCCAAUCUAUCUUCUCUGGACACUACACCGGCCGCGCAACCCAUAUCCACGGUACCUGCGGCCCUUAG